AUGUCAUCUACAUCAAUAAACAAGAUAGAUUCGUUAACCCAUUGGUUAAAGAAUAAUUCAUACUGGAGGGAUGAUUUAAUUAUAAAAGAAUCUGAAUUUGGAGGCAUAGGUGUAUUUAGUAAAGGUCCAAUGGCUUUCAAAGAAGAUGAUGAAGAGGAAGAGGAAGAUCGAUUGCUACUACGUAUACCCAAAUCUAAUCUAUUGAGUCCUAAGAAUUCGUAUAUUUAUAGUUUAUUGGUGGAUUAUGAGUCAGGCAAUGAGGAUAUUAUACUAUCUGAAUAUAUGUUUGGGUUGGUAAUUACUGUGAUUUAUGAGCGUCAUUGUGGAUCGUCGUCACCUUGGUCAGAAUAUUUGAGUACAAUUGAUUUUGAGAGUUCAGAAAUUCCAAUUUGUUUGUGGGAUACACAAGACAAGAAGAACUUACAGAAUACAGAAUUGGAUUUAUUAGAUUUGCUUGAUCCACAACAAUUGAUUGAUUUUUACAUUGAAAGUAUUCGUUUUGCUCGUGCAAACAAACUGGUUAUCAGCAUCCCCGAUGUAUUAAACAUAAAUGUAUCGGAACUAACACCCGAGGUGUUACAAAAAGAAUACCAAGUCCAGAUGAUAGAAUUUGGUAAAAUAAUACAAAGUGUUACUUCAAGAGCAUUUAUGGUUGAUGAUUAUUACCAAUUGGCAUUAGUUCCAGCUGCUGAUUUAUUCAAUCAUUUGUCCCCUAUUAUUCAGGACGGACAUGUGAAGAACCGUGAAAACAUACACUUUGUUUGCGAUGGAAAUGUAUGCGACAAAUGUGGUGAACAGGAUUGUUAUCACAUGGAGGUAUCUGACGAAGAGGAAGAUGAACAAGAAGUAGUUCCCAUGGAAUCCGAUAUGUACUACAUCGAAUCGAUCGUUGAAGAAGAAAUGAGUGAUGCAGAAACCGAUAUUGAUCCAGAAGAGGUGUCGACUGUCUCUAUUGAUGGUGAUGUUGCAACCAAUGGAGCAGGAUUGGAUUUGGCCACUGAAUUAUCUGACGGCUCCAAAUGUUGCGAUGUGGUUUUAAUAAGUGAACCAGAAGAAGAGUAUGGGUAUGAAAUAUUUAACUCCUAUGGGAAUGAGUUGACUAAUUGUCAAUUAUUGGAAAAAUAUGGGUUUAUUGAUAUGGAUGAUAAUCCAAACGAUACAUGUAUUUUAUCUGUUCAAUUUUUCAAACAAAUUAAAUCCUUAAAACAAAAGUUAGGUAAUAACAAGAAAGCGAAAGAGGUGGAUGAGAAAUUGCAGUGGUUAGAGGAUGCAGGGUACGAUUUAAUGAAUGAAAUCAUCAACAGCAUUGAACAAGACAAUGAUCAUAACCAUGAACAUGACAAUAGUAAUGGGGAGUGUUGUGACAAAGAUGCAGGAUGUGCCAAUGAUAACUGUGAAGAUGAUUGUUGUGGAACAGAUGUGGUGACAGAUUUUCCAGAAUCAUGGCCGCUCAGCAUUCGAGUUAAGAAUAUUGAUGGACAGUGUUCAACUCAAUCGUAUGCAAUCUUGAAAUUAGUCGAGCUAAAGCAUUCUGUAUUCAGUCAAAAGUUGUUGAACAUUAAGAAUGAAAAACAUUUGAUAACAAACAUUCAAAAGUAUUUGUUGAACAAUACAGCUGACGAAAUCAAAUCAUUCGAUAGAACUAUUGUUAACUGGUGUAAAAAUCGGUUGAAUAACUAUCCUAAAGAAAUUUCGCAAAGUAAACAUAGCGAAAUAAUUGAAAGAAUAGUCAAGCAGGAGAAGAAGAUAUUGAAUAAGUUUAUAACCUUACAUAGUUAA